AAAAGAAAAUACAGCAAAUAAAGAAAACCAGAAUUUAAGCAGAAACAACUAUGAAGAAUCAAGUAAAGACAAGGAAGAGAGAAUUCAAAACCUAGCUGAAGCUAAAGUAAAAACAUGUAUUAAAAAGGCUUAA